UUAUCAGGAAGCUUGAGUCAGAGGGGACUUUCAACUAUGCUUUUUUUUCGUUUAGACUAGAUACCUCAGAUAGUAUGGCUGGAUCUCAAGGAGUCUCCACGUUAUGCGAAAAUACUAACGAAGUAUUUUUGGACGUCGCCAAGUUGUUAAUAACUUAUGCUGACAACAUCAUUAGAAAUCCAGAUGAAGACAAAUACAGAUCUAUUCGUAUUGAAAAUCGUACAUUCUCCACUAAACUUUUGCCCAUCAGAGGUGCAGUGGAAUGUCUUUUCGAAAUGGGGUUUGAAGAGGCUGAAACUCACCUGGUGUUUCCCAAGUCUGCGUCAGUGGAACAGUUAAAGCAAAUACGGGAAACCAUUGCUGCUGAGCGGGACCAGAGACUAAGAGUAAGGCAGCCCAUUCCGUCUCCUCAGACAAACAGUGCACCUGCCCCUGCACAGGCUGGCCCCGUGGCACCCAGCCAACCAUCUACACACGCUCCAGUACAAGCACCAUCCUUGGAGAACAGUAUGACUUUCCUCAGAACCCUUCAAGCCAACUUCCAGCAUGUGAUGUUGUAUGAGAACCCUGAGCUGCAGAUCAAGGCCCGGACCUGUAUACCACACCAGCAGCUGUCUUCCACUGCCAAGGAGAAGUUACAGCAGGCCAUAGAGGAAGAUCCAGAGUGCAAUUUGAGAGAAGAUGACCUACUGACUCUAGAGCUGCUUCGCUGGUUCAAACAGGAGUUUUUCACCUGGGUCGACUGCCUUCCCUGUAGUCGAUGUGGAGGUCAGACCCAGUCUUCUGGGGCUCUAGCCCCGUCUGCUGAUGACCUGCGCUGGGGGGCUCAGCGUGUGGAGAACCACUUCUGUCCUGCCUGCCAGCUGUCCACCAGGUUCCCCAGGUAUAAUAAUCCUGAGAAACUGCUUGAGACCAGGAGGGGUCGCUGUGGAGAGUGGGCCAACUGUUUCACCCUGUGCUGCAGGGCUAUAGGCCUGGAGGCCAGAUAUGUUUGGGACAGCACAGACCAUGUGUGGACAGAGGUGUACUCUAUCUCCCAGCACCGCUGGCUCCACUGUGACUCCUGUGAGAAUGCCUGUGACAAGCCUCUACUGUAUGAGAUCGGCUGGGGGAAGAAACUGUCCUAUGUUCUUGCUUUCUCAAAGGACCAGGUGGUUGACGUUACCUGGAGGUAUUCCUGUAAGCAUCGGGAAGUCCUAUCAAGGCGGACUCAGGUCCAGGAACCCUGGCUGCUACACACCUUAAAUGGGCUCAAUGCUAUGAAGCAGCAGUCCCUUAGUCCAGACAGGAAGAAGGAGCUGACAGACAGGCUACUAGUGGAGCUGGUGGAGUUUAUAUCUCCUAAGACCCCCAAACCAGGAGAUAUGGGGGGGCGCAACUCUGGAUCACUGGCCUGGAGAUUAGCCCGAGGAGAGGUUGGAGCACGGCCCCCCCCACAGGCUCCAGGGUUUGUGUUCAUUCCCACUGAGACAGAGAAGAGUGAGAGGAUAUUCCACCUCCGCUACAAUGCAACAAAGGACCGGUACUGCCGGGUGUCCAAUGGCAACGAGGACAUACCAGGCUGGGAAAAGGGUGUGUGGAAGAAGGAGUCCGUUUUCAGGAAGGUGGAGAACGACUGGCAAAUGGUCUACAUCGCUAGAACGGAGGGCUCGGCCUCAGGAAGUGUGAGCUGGAAACUGGACUGUGCCCCAGUGGGGAUGAAGAUCAAGACAGUCUCUGUCAGAGCGUGUAGCCAGACCUUUCACUCAGGGAGGGUCUGCUGGAGCCUGCGCUCAGGCCAGAACAUCACAGAGUUCUCUGGAGACGGUGAGAUGCUUUCGGUUGCAAGUCUCUCCGGCUCUACCGAACUGGUCGUGGAAGCAGAGCUCAGUGGCGGGGAAGGAGAGUCGUCAUGGCAACACACUCAGCUGUUCAGACGGAGUUUGAAGGAGCUGGAGGAAUCCUCUUUUGAAAUCCUCAUAGACCUAGAGAAUGCUUGAUGGUGGAGAC